ACACAAAACAGGAAGGAAAAGGCCUCAGGCACAUCGGCGACGAGUAGUAGCGCGCCCACUUCCAUUUCUUCUAUUCUAUCAGACUGACACACAACCCUAACAACCAACAUCAACACCACUUUUCCGAGGAGAGAGAAACUGUGAAACACAGAGCUCGUUCCACCUUCAAUGGCGGAAAAUCAAGGUGGAAGUCGCCUCUCCGCUGCUACUUCAAUGGCGGCGACGACGGCAGCGGUAUCAUCACCGUCGUCCUCGAGUUCAUCUUUACAAGCUCAAGCUCUUUUGCCGCAUUCUUCCAACACGUUCUUCGUAUGGAGAGAAUUCUUCUGGGGAGCCCUUGCUGGAGGGUUUGGUGAAGGAAUGAUGCAUCCAAUUGAUACUGUAAAGACAAGAAUUCAAAGUCAAGCUAUUCUGAGUGGAUCUCAGCACCAAAAAACAGUGUUACAAAUGAUUAGAACUGUAUGGGCUGCUGAUGGACUAAGAGGCUUUUAUAGAGGAGUUGUUCCUGGAUUUACUGGAUCUCUUGCAACUGGAGCAACUUAUUUUGGAGUCAUCGAAUCUACUAAACAGUGGAUUGAAGAAUCACAUCCUAACCUUGGAGGUCACUGGGCCCACUUCUUUGCUGGGGGCAUGGGGGAUACACUCGGAUCCUUUAUAUAUGUUCCAUGCGAAGUGAUAAAGCAACGGAUGCAGGUUCAGGGCACACGUGAUUCUUGGAGUACUGUGAUCUCAAAUUCUCAGAGUGGUAAGAUUCCUGGAGUGCAGAUGUAUGGUUAUUAUAAUGGAUUGUUUCAUGCUGGACGCUCAAUAUGGAAGGAACAGGGGCCAAAGGGUCUAUAUGCCGGGUACUGGUCUACACUAGCAAGGGAUGUACCUUUUGCUGGUUUGAUGGUAAUGUUCUAUGAAGCACUGAAAGAUAUGACAGACUAUGGGAUGAAGAAGUGGAUACCUGAUGCAGAUUACCAAAUCAAUAGUACUCUAGAAGGAUUGGUUCUAGGAGGAGUUGCUGGAGGUUUAAGUGCUUAUGUGACGACUCCAUUAGAUGUUAUCAAGACUAGAUUGCAAGUCCAAGGACCAGAUUUAAGGUACAAAGGCUGGUUCCAUGCCAUCCAUCGAACAUGGAUGAUUGAAGGCGCAAAGGGAGUGUUCAGAGGUAGCAUCCCAAGGGUCAUAUGGUAUGUUCCAGCCUCUGCUCUAACAUUCAUGGCAGUAGAAUUCCUCAGAGAAAAGUUCAAUAGAGGGUCAGAACUGGACGAGGAAGAAGUUGCAAGCAUCUAAGUAGACAAGGGGUCCUUAAACGAGGUGGCUUAGGAACUCUUUAGAAAGCUCACAUUUUUUUCCCAUCCAUUACUUUUUUUUGGUUUUACAGAUGGGAUGUUGUUGUAUAGAUUCACAACUGGUGUAACUCCUGUUAUAAAGUUGAUUGAGAUGAAAGGAAGAACAAAGUGAGUGCCCAUUUUUGGAA